ACAAAGCUGGUGCAGUUGGCGAUGCAUAGGUGUCAGUUUGCCUAAGUGUUUGAUAUCAACGUCCAGUUGUCCAAUAAUGUCGUUGCCGACCAAUGUCCCGAGAAAUCGGUCUCGUCUAAGACAUGCUCAAAGUCAGCUCCUGGUUAGGGGGGCAUCAACAUUAUCUUUGACUGAUGGUGAACAGAGUGGAGGAAGACGUAGGGAGAGAUUGGGAGGGGCAAAGUUUCAAAAAAGUUCUCCAAACAUCCUUCAUUCGAGACUUUACCAAGAGCCCCUGCAAGAAGAUUACGAUGCAAAUGUCGAGUUAUCGACGACAACCGGCCAUGCCAGCGAACCUGACCAAAGCGGGCAAAAGAAAAAGAAACGAAGCAAGCCAAAAAAGAAGGUAGAAAGUAAGGCGCCGGAUGAUGAAGAGAUUGACAUGGACGAAGAGGGUAAAUGGGCGGAAAAAGCAUUCAACGAGUUAAAAGAAAAAGCAGAGCUGCAAAUGCUAGGAUCACACGUAGUCAAGCAGCCAUGGGAGAACAUAGGGAAGACCUACUUGGAGCAGGUCGCCAAAAUCUUGUUUUGCCCAGAGAACGUUUGUCCGUCUACUUUGGCAACAUGGAGAACUUUGUACGAGGUAAACACACAAUUAUUUGUUGUUAACGUUCGACUCUGAC